GUGAGGAACAUGAGGUUCUAGGGCGCGAGGGAAGAGGUUUGCGGGGGCGAGGGGGCGUGCACGUGAAUAGGUUGGCCGGAUCUCUGGCAUGGCCGAGGCCAGGAAGCGGCGGGAGCUGCUUCCCCUCAUCUACCAUCACUUGCUGCAGGCGGGCUACGUCCGUGCAGCGCGGGAAGUCAAGGAGCAGAGCGGCCAGAAGAGUUUCCUGACUCAGCCUGUCACCCUUCUGGACAUCUAUUCACACUGGCAACAGACCUCGGAGAUUGGCCAGAAGCAGAAAGCAAAGGAUGAUGCCACACUGCAAGCCAAAAAGUCCCGGGUGUCAGACCCCAUCAGCAGCUCAGAGAGCUCGGAGGAGGAGGAAGAGGAGGGAGAAACUGAAACUGCCAAAGCCACCCCAAGACCAGUGUCUGUCGGUUCCUCAGCCACGUCUACAGAUUUGCCAUCGAGCAUGAAAGAAAAGGCAAAGGCUAAGACAGCCAGCAAGGUGGUGAACUCCGAGACGCACCCUGUGUCAGGAAAGACGGUGGUCCAAUUGCUCUCUGGGAACUCACCCAAGAAGUCAGCAGAGCCCUUGGCAAACACAGUCUUGGCCUCAGAAACUGAGGAGGAGGGCAGUGCCCAGCUCGUCAGACCCACUGCCAAGCCUGGAGUGAUAUCAACGGGCCAAGCCAGCAGUUCCAGUGAGGAUACGUCCAGCUCAAGUGAUGAGACAGAUGUAGAGGAGAAAUCUUCAACAAAACCAGCCCAGGCCAAAGCUUCACCAGCUCCUGCCAAGGAGCCUCCAGCAAGAACAACUCCAGGCCCUACCAAGCUAGGGACUGUGACACCCCGGCUCCGGGAAGGUACACUGACUACACCAGGGAGGGCUGCAGAGGUGGAAGACUCUGAAAGCAGUGAGGACUCUGAGGAUGAGGACCAGCCCCCUGCUGGGACACCUAGCCAGGUGAAGGCCCCUGGAAAAGUUCUUCAGGCCAGAACUGCCUCCGUUCUUGCCAAGGGUAUCUCUGGGAAAGGGCCUCUCUUGGCAUCCCCAGGGAAGACUGGGCCCACAGCCACCCAGCCCAAGUCAGGAGGGCCACAGAAGGACAUGGAGAGCAGCAGUGAGGACAGUUCUGACAGUGAGGAUGAUGUGCCAGCUGCUGUGACCACUCCUCAGGUAAAGCCUUCCGGGAACAACCAUCAAGUUAGAGGUACCUUGGCCCCUGUCAAGGAGUCCUCCCAGAAAGGAGCUCCUCCAGUUAGCUCUGGGAAGGCAGGGCCUGUGGUGGCCCAGGCCCAAGCAAGGAAGCCAGAGGACUCAGACAGCAGCAGUGAGGAGUCAGAGAGUGACAGUGAGAAGACACCAGCACCUGUGACCCUAACCCCAAGUCCUGCCCAGGUGAAACCUUUGGGGAAAAGCCCACAGCUCAGACCUGCUUCCACCGUGAGCCUGGGGCCAUCAGGGAAAGGCGCCCACCCACCAUGCCCUGGGAAGACAGAGUCAGCAGCUCCCAGAGUCCAAAAGGUAGAAAAGCAGGACUCAGAGAGUAGCAGUGAGGAGUCGGACAGCGAUGGGGCUGUGGCCCCAGCCAAGGCUACACCCGCACUCCCUCAGAAGGUGGGGCCCGUGGCUACCCAGGUCAAGGUUGAACGGUACCAAGAAGAUUCAGAGAGCAGUGAGGAGUCGACUGACAGCGAUGAGGAGGCAGCACCAGCCUCUGCUGCAGCUCAGACCAAGCCAGCUCUGGAAAAGCAGACGAAGGCUUCCCUUAGGAAAGUUGCUUCCACCACCCCUGCAUCUGCCAUGAGAGUGAGUACCUCAUCCCAUUGUAAGGCAGGGACAAUGACUGCAUCACCCAGCCUGUCACCCCCAGCUCUGGCCAAGAGCACCCAGGGUUUAGAUUUGGACUCUUCUGAAGCCUGCAUUUGCCCAGCUGGGCUCACUCCUAGUCCCCUUGGGGCUUUUCAGGCCCCAUGAAACCCUUUCUUCCUCUUGUCAUUGUAGGGAAAGUCUAUGGGGAAGGGCCUCCAAGGGAGAGCUGCCUCAGGACAAAAGAAGGCCCCAGUAAAUCCUAGGAGGACAGGGCCCCCAGUUGCCCAGGCCAGAGCUACAGAAGACUCGGAGAGCAGUGAGGAGGAAUCCAGCAGUGAGGACGAGCAUGAGACCCCAGCACAGGCCACGCCUCUGGGGAAACUCCCCCAGCCCAAAACCAACCCACCUCCCACUAAUGCAUCUCCAGCCAAAGGGCCAGCACCUGCAUCUGGAAAAGUGACCACUAUAGCUGCUCCAGCCAAGGGGAAAACGCCUGUGAGUGCUGUUCAGAACAGUGCCGUCUCUACAAGGAGCCAGCAGUCCGUGCCAGCCAUGGGAAGACCAGGGGCCCCUGCAACCCAAGCACAGAAGAGGCCUGUGGCUGGAGCAGGAAAGGAGUCGGACAGCAGCAGUGAAGAGGACUCUCACAGUGAGGAAGACACGCCAGCCCAGAUAAAAGCUGUGGGGAAGACCUCUCAGGUCAGAGCUGCCUCAGCCCCUGCUAAGGAGCCCCCUGGGAAAGGAACCCCCAGGAAGACUGGGCCUACAGCUACCCAGGCCCAGCCAGGGAAGACGGAGGCCUCAGAAAGCAGUAGUGAGGAAUCUGACAGUGACAGGGAGAUGCCGUCAGCCCAGGAUGGUACCUCCCAACCUGCCAGAAGCAAAGCCUUAGCUCCAGCGCCCCCAGAGAAGAGAAUAGAAGGGUCCUCAGAGAGCAGUGACGAGGAGCUGCCGUCUGGCCAGGUGAAUAAAUCCCCUCUGACUUCUGUGGACCCUAAUCGUCCAGCUGGCCUAGCUCCUACGCCCACACAAGGCCAGCCUGUGAACACUGAAGGGAAGGCCCAGGCCUCCACCGGCACUGCCCAGAGCUCGUCCUCUGAGAGUGAGGAUGAGGACAUAAUUCCUGCCACACAACCCCCAACUCACGCCAUCAGAACCAAUGUGGCUGUGCCUGUAGCCCUCCCACGGACAGCCACCCAACCCAGCAAGAGUGAGCAGUCUAGUCGGAUGCCAAAAGGCAAGAAACCAAAGGCAGCAUCCACUCAGAUCAGCAGCGCCGUGGAAACACUCCCUGUGACACCUCCCCAGAGCACACCUGUCCAGUCCACAGCAACCAACGCGCUCAGAAAAUCCAAACUUCCUGAGAAGGAGCAGCUUACCCCAGGCCACCCCAAAGCCCCCCAGAGUUCAGAUGACAGCAGUGACACCUCUUCAGAGAGUGAGGAGGAUACCAAGAGACCUAAGAUGGCCAAGCCCACCGCUAGACUGGGCCCAGGCCCUUCCCAGAAGGACACUGUGGUGGAGGAGACCCCUUCUGAAUCCAGCGAAGAUGAGUUGGUGGCCCCCUCACAGUCUCUCCUCUCAGGGUUGACUGUGACUAAUUCCCAGCCUUCAAAAGCCACUCCUAGGCCAGACUCCAACCCCUUAGUUUCCUCUGCUCCAGCCACCAGUGAUAACCCAGAUGGCAAGCAGAAAGCAAAAUCCCAACACUCGGCAGACACCACGUUCCCUAAAACCGGUAGAAAAGAGGCUCCCUCGGGCCCCACACCUCAGAAACCCAGGAAACCCAAGAAAAGCUCCCCAAGCUCUGCAGCCCCCACCCAGACACUGCCAAACAGCAUUACCCAGCGCCUCCUGGAGCAGGCCUGGCCCCUGAGUGAGGCGCAGGUACACGCCUCUGUGGUGAAAGUCCUGACAGAACUGCUAGAGCAGGAAAGGCAGAAGGCCACAGAGGCCAUCAAGGAGAGUGGGAAGAAAGGCCAGAAGCGGAAACUACCAGAGAACCAGCUAGCAGCUGGGCCCUCAAAGAGGAAGAAGCAACAGCUGGUGCCUGGGACAAGUGCCAUUUCCUCAGAAAAGACCUCCAGGACUUCCAAGGCAAAAUCAAAGCCGGACAAAGCGAGUGCUGAUGGCAAGGAGAAGCCCGAAAGGCAGCUGGGGGUGAAGGUUGAGAGCGGAGAGCAGAGCGACUCAAAAGGCAAGAAAGAAAAGAAGAAAUCCAGUAAGAAAAAAAAAGACAAGGAAAAAAAGGAAAAGAAAAAAGGAAGAAAGACCUCAGCCAAAGACCCUGACUCACUAAUCCAGAAGAAGAAAAAGAAGAAGAAGACAACCGAGCCUGCUGUGUAAGUGCCGCCAGCACAUAGAAAAGAGUCUUGGCAGAGUGUAACCAUCUCCAGGCCUCUGACCUCUGGCCAGUGUGGAUUGGGACU